ACUGUACAGUCUCAGCUGAAAUGCAUGUUUCCAACACAAGCUGGGAAUAUUUGCCUGAUGAAUAUCAAAGUUAUCACAGUUUGGAAACUAUAGAGCUGAGUGCUGUUUCACAUCAGAAGACUGGAAAGAGAAAUGUCAUAUACAACAAAACUUCCUGCCUCCUGGAACGAUGAUCCUCCUGCUCGGAGAGUGGAGAUCGACCUGAGCUCACCUGGGCUCGCUGUAGUCGAGUUGGAAAGGCUCUUGUUUACUGGCAAACCCAUUAUCAGUCAUGCAGAUGAAGUUUGGCCGAGGGUCUACAUUGGUGACCAGCACAGCGCAGAGAACACGGCCGAUCAGUCCAAGCAUCAGAUCACACACAUCCUGAAUGCAGCUCACAGUAAGCGUGGAGGACAGCCAGGUAUCUACAGGGGCAGGGAGAUCACAUACAUGGGCAUAGAGGCUCAUGACUCCUGUGGCUUUGACUUGAGCGUCAACUUCCUCGCAGCAGCAGACUUUAUCCACAGGGCUCUCAGCAGGGGAGGCAAAGUGCUGGUGCACUGUCAUGUGGGAGUGAGCCGCUCGGCCACCCUGGUCCUUGCUUACCUGAUGCUGAGGCAGAACCUGACGCUCGUGGAAGCUAUUUGUGCUGUGAAAGAUAAACGUGGUGUGAGACCCAAUCGAGGAUUCCUCAGACAGCUCAUCAAACUAGAUGGUCAGCUGUUUGGCACACAUCCCUGAACGCUGUAUGAUAGUGUUACUGCUCAGGGUCCACAACAUUAGGAAAGCAUGACAAAGAUGGCUCCAUGUUGAGAAACACUGAUGCCAUGUUCUGAAUACAUACAUUUUUUUGAGUCUCAGACUUGCAGCAUCUGAUCCAUUCCAGGAUUAUGUUUUUAUUUCCAGGAACUGUAAGGUGACAAUAUUUAUAUUCUUUCAGUUCGUAAAUGUUGAUUAAAGUUUGACAGUAAAAAUUUGA